AUGGCGGAUGAGGAAGAGGAAGCCGCAGCUCACCCGCGCCGCCGCAUUCAUCCUCGUUGCUGGUGCCGGGGGAAGUUGCCGCUCGGCCGUCCACAGCCGAGCCAUGCAGCUGUGCCCUCUUCCAUCUCAGGAAGCCAUGCAGCUGCGCCCGCAUCUGGAAGAGAGGGAGGGAAGAGACAGAGAGAGGGGCAGAGGCCGGAGACGGAAGUCAGGAGAGUUGCGGCGGCGCUGGAGUCUAGAGAGGAUUGGGGAUUUGGGAGCAGAGAGAUGAAGACAUGCUUGGUGGCUGUUAAGGCGUCGCCUCGCCUUACGCCUUACUCGCUUAAGCGUAAGGCGGUAGUCAGUCGCCACGCCUCGCCUUACCGCCUUGAAAACAUUGAUCUUCAUACACAGGCAUGGCUAUUUACUGCAAGGAAGCGCAACUGCACUGACAAUUUGGCUUAUUUUUGUCCUUUAUAA